AUGGAUCCACCGUUCCGGCACACCAAGAGCAGGGGCUUCGUCUCCAGCGCGGAGCUGAGCAUGAAGCAGGCGGCCGGUGCUCCGGGGCCCGAGGGCAGGUCCCGCUUCCAGAAGGUCUCGCUGGUGUCGCGGCGGCUGGAGAGCACAGGCAGCUCCCGGGGCCGGGAGGGGAGUCCCUCCCGCGUGUCCCUCCUGCUGCAGGCCUGGGAGAGGGAGAUCGUGGAGAAGACGGGGUCCAGCCCCGCCACCGUGACCCACCGGGAACACUCGUCCUCUGUCAACCUCCUCAAGGACUUCACCGCGCACGGCCCCAUCUUCUCCCAGGUGUACUCCCCGGCGCAGAAGCCCCGGAGACAGGACGAGAGGGGGAAGGCGGGGGCUGGCGGGGACAGCACCCCCUCUGCGGUGGGGUCCCCCCGCGAGGUGCCCGUGCACAGGGAGAGCUACGUGCACGGCACCCUCCUGCCCACCCGCCCCGCGGGGGGACCCGCGGGGGGACCCGGGGACGGUCCCGGUGCCCCGUGCGCGGCCAAGCCCGGCUGCGUCCCCGCCCUGCCCCGGGCCAGGCAGGUCACGGUGCUGCGGACGGGCAGGGACACAGCGGGGGCUGAGCCACGGGAAGCCCCAAACGGGACACACGACUCCGCCGGUGCCACGACGGCCCCGCCGCAGCGGGAGAGCCCCAGGCAGGACGGCAGUGGCUCCGCUGGGGCUGCAGAGGGCGGCGAGAGCUCGCCGGGCACCGCAGAGGCCACCGGGCUGCCGGCCGAGGGAUGCCCUGGGGAGAAAGAGUCGCCGCAAGCCGAAGCCACGCCGGUGAACGCAACCCCGGGAGACGGCGACAGGCCUGGGGACCCACAAACCAGUAUAACCAGCUCCCCGCAGUGUCCCUCGGCUGACGCCGGUGGCCAGGCUGAUCCGGCUGGCGCAAGAGAGGGAAGCGUGGCAGACGUGGAUGGCACCAUUCCAGCCACACCACCGAGGACAGAGAGCCCCCCGGGAGCUGACUGCGACCCUAAAAGCCCCUCCUCGGAGGUGAGCAACGGUCCAGAGCCUUCAUCCCAAACACCAGCACCAACAAAGGCUGAGACUCAGCUGGAGGGGGAUGACGCCAUGCGAGACCCCCAGAGCACAGCUCAAGAGCCUGAAAACACCCCAGACACGACACAAGACCCCCAGAGCACAGCUCAAGAGCCUGAGAACACCCCAGAGCCCCCCACCGAACCCCCAGCCCCUGACCCCCCAGCUGAGAGCCCCCCGGACACGACCGAGGAGGACCCUGAACUGCUGGUGGACAUGGAGAUCUUCGUGGACACGCUCCGCAACAUGGAGCCCUCGGAGAUGAGGAAGUCACCCAAGGCCCCCCGGCAGCCCCGGCCGUCAGCGCUGAGCCGCUGUGCAGCUCUGCCCCCCAUCCACGAGGACCGUGUGGACCCCCGAGCCCCCGUGUCCCUGCCCCAGGCCCUGCGGGAGCUGCUGGCACAGGGCCCGGCGAGGCGGCCAGAGGAGACCCCCGAGGAGGAGGAGGAGAUUGAGAACCCCUACCUGACCCCCGAGGAGCGGGCACCGGCCAGGACCCUCCAUGGGGUCCCCAGGGACAGGGUGGCUGGUGAUGGCUGGGUGGAGGGGGGCUCAUUCCUGGGGACGCUGGGGGGACUGGGAGCAGAUGAAAAAGCCAGACUGGUGUCUGGGGGCUCGGCCGAGCAGAGCGUGCUCUUCCGAGGGAAUGUCCUCAAGGGCAUGGCACUGCUCUCCCACUUUUUGGAGCACCGGGCAGCUGGAGCUGAUGAGAGCAAGCCCUACUCACGCCUGGACAACAGUGUGCUCUACAGCCGCUUCGUGUCCCCCAGCACCGCCCUGCUCGAGCUGCCUGACAGGGACGGGGCCACGGGCUCAUCCACGCUUGGGGACCACAAUGGGCUGGGCCCUGGUGGCCACUCCGGCCCUGAGAUGGCCAUGCUGGAAGCCCUGAGUUCUGGCUCCAUCCCUCCUGUCACUGAAGAGCCAGAAAGCACCAUGGCCCUGUGUCCCGACGAUGUCCUGCAGGAGGACAAGGAGGGCUUUGAGAAGAUCAACACGAGACCUGGCAAGAUCAUCCUCUAUUCCGAUGCCAGCUUUGCGGGACAGAAACGGGAGAUCUGGGGCGACAUCCCCGACGCCACGUCCUGGGAGCUCUCACACACCAUCUCCAUCCGUGUCAUCCGAGGCGGGUGGGUGAUGUACGAGAAGCCGCGGUUCCAUGGGCGCAAGUGCGUGUUGGCCGAGGGGGACGUGGAGAUCGACAACCCCUGGACGGCCUACGGGGAGAACGGGCAGCCCCGCGGCAGCCGCCCCUUCCGCAUCGGCUCCUUCAAGAGGGUGGUGAGGGAUUACCGCACCCCCGAGAUCAGCCUGUUCGCGGAGGAGAACGGCGAAGGCGCCCGGCUGAAGUUCACCGACUCUGCCGAGGACACCCGCACGCGGGGGCAGGCGCUUGCUGCCGCCUCCAUCAUUGUCCACUCGGGGCUGUGGCUGGUUUACUCCAAGCCGUUCUUCGACGAUGAUCCCUACGUUUUGGAGCCGGGCGGGUACCCCAAUUUAAAGGCUUGGGGAGCAAAGGACCCGUCCAUCUGCUCCAUGCACCCCAUCAGGCUGGGCUGCCCCGUCGUGGAGAGACCCGGAGAGCCACAGGUGCUGAUCUAUGAGUCUGCAGGGUUCCAGGGCCGCAGCUUCACUAUCAGUCGAGACAUCUAUGACCUGAAGCACCUUCCCGAGCCAGGGCUGCCCACUGUGGGCUCCCUGCGUGUCCUGGGUGGCUGCUGGGUUGGCUAUGAGAAGGAAGGCUUCCGUGGACACCAGUACCUGCUGGAGGAAGGGGAAUACCAGGACUGGAGGCAGUGGGGUGGCUACAGCAAGGAGUUGGUGUCCCUUCGGCUGAUACGGACGGACUUCUCUGACCCGGCACUGGUCCUCUUUGAGGCCAUGGACUUCGAGGAGGGCCCGAGUGUGGAGCUGAGCGAGGCGCUCCCCGACACGCAGCUGGCCGGCUAUGGCACCGUCACCCAGUCCAUCCACGUGCUGAGCGGCGUGUGGGUGGCCUACGGGGGCACCAACUACUCAGGUGAGCAGUACAUCCUGGAGAAGGGGGUGUACCGCAACUGCGAGGACUGGGGUGCCACCGACUGCCGCAUCGCCUCGGCACAGCCCAUCCUGCAGGUCAGGGAACACAACCUCCACUUCGUCUCCAAGAUCCUGCUCUUCUCAGAGCCCGACUUCUUGGGGGAUCAUGUUGCCUUCGAGGAGGACCAGGGAGCCCUGCCCGACGCCUUCAUCCCACACUCCUGCAGAGUCCGUGGGGGCAGCUGGAUCCUGUUUGACGGGCAGGACUUUGCGGGGGAGCAGCACGUGCUGUCCGAGGGUGAGUACCCCACGCUCAGUGCCAUGGGCUGCCUCUGCUCCACCACCAUCCGCUCCUUGAGGAAGGUUCCACUGUUUUUCUCGGAGCCCUCCAUCUUCCUGCAUGGGCUGGAGUGUUUCGAGGGGAAGGAGAUCGAGCUGAACUCCGAAGUGCGGAGUCUCCAGGCGGAGGGUUUCAACAACCACGUGCUGUCCGUGCGCGUCAAAGGCGGGAUCUGGGUGCUGUGUGAGCACGGUGACUUCCGAGGGCGGCAGUGGCUGCUGGACUGCACUGAGAUCACCAACUGGCUGACCUACAGUGGGCUGCAGCACGUGGGGUCCCUCUACCCCAUCCGCCAGAGACGGAUCUAUUUCCGCAUCAGGAGCAGGGAGCUGGAGCUCUACCUCGCGGUCCCUGACGACGUGGAGGACAUGAAGGCAGGGCGGGUGGUGGUCUCCAACCUGAGGGAGCAGAGCAGCUCUGUCUGGUACUACGAGGAUGGGCUGAUCAAAAACCAGGUGGCCCCCAACAUGAGCCUGCAGGUCAUCGGGCCAGCUGGGAAGGGUGCAAAGGCCGUGCUAUGGUCCGAGACCCGGAUGCCACGUCAGACCUGGAGCGUGGAUUCUCAGGGACGGAUCCACAGCCAGAUGUUCGAGGACAUGGUCCUCGACGUAAAGGGCGGCCGAACCUACGAUCGGGACCACGCCAUCGUCUGGGACAUGGCCGAGGAGAGACCUACGCAGAUCUGGGACAUACAGGUGCUAUGA